UCUGCUGCUUGCUUUGCUUGCGAAUCUUGUGAAUUUUCAUUGCAUUUGCCGAUAUAUUUAAUAAACAGUUUUUAUUUGGUUUUAGGUAUUCAUAUUUUGGGGACAAGUAUCCAGAAAAAUGGCUGGAGGUGAGGCCCAGACUUCGGAUUACCUACAAAGAAGAUGGCUAAAUAUACGGAAACUAUUGGAAAGAUCUGGUCCAUUUUGUCACCCUGAUUUUGAACCCUCUGCUGAAAUAUUGGAUUUCAUUAUGAAUUCAUGCAAAAUCUUAAUAAUAGGGGCUGGGGGUCUAGGCUGUGAAUUACUAAAGGAUUUAGCGUUGAUGGGCUUUAAAAAAAUCCAUAUUAUUGAUAUGGAUACAAUAGAGUUGUCAAAUUUGAACAGACAAUUUUUGUUUAGGAAGAAUGAUAUUGGAUUAUCAAAGGCUAAAUGUGCUGUUGAAUUUGUUAAUAAUCGGGUUCCAGGCUGUGAGGCCAUUGCUCAUCACUGUGCCAUCCAGGAUAUGGAUGAGGGUUUCUACAGGCAGUUCCACAUUGUUGUCUGCGGUCUUGAUUCUGUUGUGGCUAGGCGGUGGCUUAACGGCAUGCUGAUGUCCUUGCUUCAGUAUAAUGAUGAUGGAACCUUAGACCAAAGCAGCCUGAUACCUCUGGUGGAUGGUGGCACUGAGGGUUUCAAAGGUAAUUCCCGGGUGAUCCUGCCAGGCAUGAGUGCCUGUAUUGAGUGCACACUGGACCUCUACCCACCGCAAGUCACAUUCCCGCUUUGCACCAUUGCUAAUACACCAAGACUACCAGAGCACUGUAUAGAAUAUGUAAAAGUACUGCAAUGGGCCAAGGAAAAUCCGUGGGGCAACACCACAGCCCUCGACGGCGAUGAUCCGCAGCACGUUGCUUGGGUCUUGGAGAAGGCUCAGGAGAGGGCAAUGAAACAUGGCAUUACCGGAGUAACCUAUAGAUUGACGCAGGGAGUGCUGAAGAAUAUCAUACCGGCUGUGGCCAGUACGAAUGCGGCUAUAGCGGCAGCUUGUGCUACUGAGGUGUUCAAACUAGCUUCGUCCUGCUGUGUGAACAUGAACAACUACAUGGUCCUGAAUAUAGCAGACGGAGUGUACUCAUACACAUUCAGCGCCGACCGCCGUGCGGACUGCGUGGCUUGUAGCAACGCGACUAGAACUAUGGAGCUGGAGGGCCAGGCUACCUUGCAGACUAUACUCACGCAACUGCAAGAGGACCCCAAGUAUCUGAUGAAGAGCCCAGGUAUUACCACUAUUAUCAAUGGACGCAAUAAAACUCUGUACAUGUCUUCAAUCAAAAGCAUAGAAGAGAGAACUAGGGACAACCUGAAGAAGAAGAUAACUGAUUUAGGAUUGUUCAAUGGUGCUGAAAUACUGGUGGCAGAUGUCACUACACCUAACACGAUCACGAUCAAGUUGAAAUUUACUAAUAAUCUAGAUGUUGAGAUGGCCUAGUGUAUGUGUAACGAAUAAACAUGCUUUCUCAUA